CGCGGCGGCGGCGGCCGGGGGCGGGGCGGACCGCGGAGCCUCAGCCUGUCCGGCCCCCGGCGCGGCCUCAUGCGGCGCCAGGGCUGACACCUGCAGUCCCCCGAUCCCCGGCCCCGGGGCACCGCCGCCCGCGGCGGUCGAAGUCCUGGGGGAGCGGGCCCGCGGCGGCUGCCCAUGGAGAAGGCCGCGCGGGGCUGCGAUGGCGCCCCGCGGGGGCCCGUUCUGCACAUCGUGGUGGUCGGCUUCCACCACAAGAAGGGCUGCCAGGUGGAAUUCUCUUACCCGCCCCUGAUUCCAGGAGAUGGACACGACAGCCCCACCAUCCCUGAGGAAUGGAAGUACCUGCCCUUCCUGGCCCUGCCCGAUGGCGCACACAACUACCAGGAAGAUACUGUGUUUUUUCACCUGCCACCCCGAAAUGGAAACGGAGCCACCGUGUAUGGCAUCUCUUGCUAUCGGCAGAUUGAAGCCAAGGCUUUGAAAGUCCGGCAUGCAGAUGUCACCAGAGAGACCGUGCAGAAAAGCGUCUGUGUUCUAAGCAAGCUGCCUCUCUAUGGCUUGCUUCAAGCAAAACUUCAGCUCAUUACACAUGCAUAUUUUGAAGAGAAGGAUUUUUCCCAAAUUUCCAUUCUAAAGGAACUCUACGAACACAUGAACAGUUCCUUGGGAGGAGCGCCACUGGAGGGGUCCCAAGUGUAUCUCGGUCUGUCGCCUCGGGAUCUUGUGCUUCAUUUUCGACACAAGGUCUUAAUUCUGUUUAAAUUAAUUCUUCUUGAAAAAAAGGUUCUCUUUUAUAUUUCUCCAGUGAAUAAACUGGUGGGUGCCCUGAUGACCGUGUUAUCCCUUUUUCCAGGCAUGAUCGAACAUGGUCUCAGGGACUGUUCUCAGUACAAACCUCGGAAGAGUAUGUCUGAAGAUGCUGGGCUUCAGGAAAACAACCCCCCUGCAGAUGAUUUUGUUUCUGUGUCUGCUCCUAACAUCACUUGUACCAACUCAGAAACUGCCAAGAAAACCCUGACGGGAAACCACGAUGGAGAUGCUGCCAUCGCAACGGAAGAACCUUUGUUCCCAGCAGAGAACAGCAGCAAAGGGCUGGGACCCAGCGAGACCAGCCCGUAUUUGAAACCUCCUUCUCGUCCAUCUCCAGAGUCUUCAGAAAGUGACUGGGAGACCUUGGAUCCCAGUAUCUUAGAGGAAAGGGACCAGGUGGGGUCAGAACAGACAAACUCGUUUCCCAGGGAGUCGGUGCCCUCAGACAGCGCUCCGAUUACUGUCCAACCUCAAGCCAACAUGGGCCAGGUGGUCCUGCUCCCGGGGCUGAUUUCCGGUUUGGAAGAGGACCAGUAUGGCAUGCCCCUGGCCAUCUUCACAAAGGGAUAUCUGUGUUUGCCUUACAUGGCAUUGCAGCAGCAUCACCUUCUCUCGGAUGUCACCGUUCGGGGAUUUGUUGCUGGAGCUACUAACAUCCUUUUUCGGCAACAGAAGCACCUCAGUGAUGCCAUCGUGGAAGUGGAAGAGGCGCUGAUCCAGGUCCAGGACCCCGAGCUGAGGAAGCUGCUCAGCCCCACCACGGCCGACCUCAGGUUCGCCGACUACCUGGUGAAGCACGUGACCGAAAACCGCGAUGACAUCUUCCUGGACGGCACGGGCUGGGAGGGGGGCGACGAGUGGAUCCGAGCGCAGUUCGCGGUCUACAUCCACGCGCUGCUGGCCGCCACGCUGCAGCCAGAUAACGAAAAGGUGCUCGCGGACUACGGGACAGCCUUCGUGAUGGCAUGGAAGAACACUCACAACUACAGGGUCUGGAACAGCAACCGGCACCCGGCACUCGCGGAAAUCAAUCCGAACCACCCUUUCCAGGGCCAGUACUCGGUAUCCGACAUGAGGCUUCGGUUCUCACAUUCUGUUCAAAACAGUGAACGUGGCAAGAAAAUUGGAAACGUCAUGGUCUCCACCAGCCGGAAUGUGGUCCAGACAGGAAAAGCCGUUGGCCAGUCGGUGGGAGGAGCUCUUUCCAGCGCAAAGACAGCCAUGUCCUCUUGGCUUUCCACCUUCACCGGCUCCACCCCGCAGAGCCUCCCGGAGCCGCCCGGGAAGCCCUGAGCAGGCCCAGCGGCGGCUGGCGCUCCCCCAGUUGGAAGGGUCCCCUGUCUGAGCUGCUCCCAGGCUGUUCUCCAUCAGCCACAGGCCCACGGCGGGGACCACACGUCACACUGUUUACAUGGAUGGUCGCGGUCGCCCUCUGUCUGAGUGAAUGUCACAGGAUGCCGGAAAGAUGCAACCACAGCCACAGCAGGGAUGGCCCUCCAGGCUGGAGUUUGAAUCGGCUGCUUCCAUUUCAGUCUGAGCCUGAUGCAAACACGCCGGGCCCCUGCUAACGGCAUCUCCCGUUCUGACCGCGUACACUUGUUUACUUUAGGAAAGCUUUUACGUAUGUACAUUUUGUUCUGUUUGGCUAUUUGAAUAGUUGGAUGAUCAUUGUAAUUUAUUAGUGUUAAAAUUGUUGUAAUAAUAUUUUAAUUUCUCUUAACGUUGGCCCUAAAAUAUGCUUAUAAAGUUAAGGGCCUGUACUGCCCAGUCCUUGGUUCCUAUUAUUUUU